CGAAUAAAUAUUAUAUUCGAAAAUGAAUUCCAAACUUAUCUAGCGUACAAGGGGUCUCAUCUCACAUGCAUUUGUACUUGAAAACAUUGUUCUAAACAUUGACGGUUACUCUAUUUUAGUCAGUGUGUUUCAUAAAUUAGAUCAAAGAUGAGCUAUUCAAGACCAUGGUUUCGACGACGUGGAGGAUACCACAGGCAUUACCAAACACCAAGGGAUCGUGAAUCGCGAGAUCCUGCAGUCGAACUAACUGAGGAACAAAAGGCUGAAGUAGAUGCACUGUUUGAUAUUAAAUACACAUACGAACGACAGAAUGCUGGUACAUCGUGGGUUCUCCCUACUGUUGGAACCAUGUUUACAAAGCCAGCGUGGAAUGAUCCUACACUUCAGAACCAGAAGAAAGAACUCAAUGAUGUAAAAGAAAAACUUAGUGACCAAAAUCUGCCUGACUGGAAUAGUCAUACUCGUGCAAGCAACUUGAGUGGAAAUUGCAUGUUUAUUGUGAGACGUUACAAACAUCCUGAAAUGUGCACUCAAGCAUGGUGCAAAUUCUAUGAGAUUCUAGCCACAUUUGAGUGUCUCGUGCCAAAAGAAGGAGAGUUCAAAACAUUGCAUCUCUGCGAAGCCCCAGGGGCAUUUGUGUGCGCCCUGAAUCAAUUCUGGAAGACAUCUGGGGAUGAAUCUGGACUCCCAAUCAAGCGUAAUCUUGAUUGGACAUGGUUAGCCUCAACAUUGAACCCGUGGUACGAGGGCACAGAUCUAGGAAUCAUGAUUGACGAUGACAGGUUAUUAAAGGAUACUGUCCCUAAUUGGCACUUUGGAGAUGACAGUAUUGGUGACAUGAUGAACAAGAAAACAGCUGAUAGCCUCAUUAAAGCUGUUGACAAAGUGACUUUGGUAACUGCAGAUGGAAGUGUCGCCUGUCAAAACAACCCAGCUGAGCAGGAGGGCACGAUUGCUCCUCUACACUUUGCUGAGGUCUAUGUUGCCCUGAAGACCCUUGCAGUAGGGGGAAACUUUAUACUGAAGAUGUUUACUCUUUUGGAGAGCUCCUCUGUUAACACAUGCUAUCUGCUAAACUGUGUUUUCAAAGAGGUGCAUAUUAUGAAGCCUGUCUGUAGCAAGGGAGGCAAUUCUGAGAUAUACCUUGUCUGUCUUGAUUUUAUUGGUAUUGAGAAAAAAUACUUGGACAAAAUGGCCACACAUUUUGGUCCAAAACCUCUGAAAAAUGCCAUGUUCCGCAAGGACCAGAUUCCAAGCACAUUUCUCCUCCAGCACAUAAAAUUAUGUAAAUCAAUAAUUGAUCGCCAAAUUGCAUCCAUAAACCGCAACCUUGAACUCCAUGGCAAUAUGACACCAGAAAUGAGGGCUGUGAUUGGUCAGCAGAAGUAUAUAUGCGGCACAAAGUUCAUGGAUAAGUUCAAGAUUCAGCAUUUAGCAUUUGAGGAAAAAGUCGUCCAUCUUCCGUUUGUUAGGAAACGACGUGCAGAAAUGGAUAUCCAAGAGCCUCCAAAGUCUCGCAGACGAUUCAUGGACGGUACUUUCAAAGAGAGGAUGGAAUUCCUGGCUAUUCCAUGGAAAGAACGUGUCUGGAAAAUGAAGACAUUCAAUAUACAGAAUAUAACAAACACAAAUUGGCUUCAGAGUAUGGGCCCCUUAGAACCAGAGCGAAUGACUGACUGGAAGCCAUGUCUCGGCAAGAAGUACACCAAGUUGAUGAACUCAAGAUUCUGCACAAAUACUAUACUGGAACAAUUCAAUGAAGUCUGGGGAAAUAUGAACAAAUCUGGGAUUAAGUUCGGAGUUCCCCAGAAGGAUUCUCAGGAGGUUAUGAACAUUCUGCGUUGUCACCUUGACAACUGGGACGAGGAAUUGAAUAUGAUCGACAUCAGUAGGAAAAAACAAGACAUUCUAUCUCAGCUGAAGAAAGAUGACCCUACAAAUGUCAAGGUUCACACAAUCCAGGAGGUUGAGAUGAAUAAAGACCAGGGCAAGAGAUACACAGCAUUUGCUGACCUUAAACCAACAGAGUUUGACUUGGUUGCAUCAGAGUAUGCGGCAAAACCUGAACUUCUCAGUCACAUCAUCAAAGCUUUAAAGGCUCUGAAGUCAGGAGAUAUGCUGGUGUUCCGUAUUCACCACUGCCUCUCCAGAUUCACUGCAGCAUGUGUCUACAUUCUCUAUAGAUGCUUUCAAAAGAUCGCUCUCCAUCAAUUUCUCACUGAUAACAUUCUGCCAAAACACAUGUUCCUCGUGGGGACAGGAUUUCGAGGUGUCACCCCAGAGAUCUUGAGCUACUUGACGAAAGUUCACAGUGAACUGCAUCAGCAUGCAAAGGAAGAGAAUGGAGAUUUGUUAGAGUUCAUACCAACCAAGGAUAUACUAUCAGUUGAAGAGUUCCGCAACUAUAUUACUCAAGUGAAUGACUACGUGCUGAAGCAGAGGAUAAACUGGUUAAUUCGUUACGAGCAGUCGCUAGCUCCGGCACCCCCUGCAGACUACAAGCCACCACCGAAUCCAGUUGCAGCUGCAGUGGCAUUUGAUCAUGACUCUAUUGAUAUCUGUGACUGUGCAGUAAAACAUGAACAUGUCAAACAACGAUCCGCUACAUGCCUGAAUCGCUUGAUGUGGAUCCAAUAA